ACGGACCAUGGAAAGUUUGCAAGACGGAGGCUUGGCCCGGCAGUCCAGCCGUUCGCCCAAGAUCCCGAAUGCACAGAGAGAAGAAUCAGGGGCUUUCAGGUUAACCGUCAGAAAUGCAAUGGCUCAUCUUGAUUCUGAGGCAAAAGAGAAAUGUUUGCGGGAAGACCUGCAAUUCUACUUCAUGAACCCUUGUGAAAAGUACCGAGCCAGGCACCAAAUUCCGUGGAAGCUGGGUUUGCAGAUUUUGAAGAUCAUCAUGGUCACUACACAGCUUGUUCGUUUUGGUUUAAGUAACCAACUGGUGGUUGCUUUUAAAGAAGAAAACACUAUGGCUUUUAAGCACUUAUUUUUGAAAGGCUAUUCGGGCGUGGAUGAAGAUGACUACAGUUCUAGUGUGUACACUCAAGAGGACGCUUACGAAAGCAUCUUUUUUGCCAUUAAUCAGUAUCAUCGUCUAAAGAACAUCUCUGUAGGGACCCUUGAUUAUGGAAAAAGUGAAGACAACGGAAUUGGCUUGAAAGUAUGUAAGCAGCAGUACAAGAGAGGGGCCGUGUUCCCUUUGAAUGAGACUCUGAACAUUGACAGCGACAUUGAGAGAGAUUGUGACUACUUGGCCCUCCCGACUCUUUCCCAGAAGCCCCAGGAAUGGAAGAGCUCGCCAUUCUUCAAACUAGAUUUUUAUCGGCUCUUACAGGUUGAAAUCUCCUUUCACCUAAAAGGCAUCGACCUACAGACAAUUCACUCCCGAGAGCUGCCAGACUGUUAUGUCUUCCAGAACACGAUUGUCUUUGACAAUAAAGCACAUAGUGGAAAAAUCAAAAUCUAUUUUGACAGUGAGGCCCAGAUUGAAGAAUGCAAAGACUUGAAUAUAUCUGGAACUAUCCAGAAGAACACGCAGUACGUCCUCAUAUUCGACGCGCUUGUCAUCGUGACAUGCUCGGCGUCCCUCAUCCUGUGCACCAGAUCCAUCGUGCUCGCUGUCCGGCUGCGCAGGAGAUUUCUAAAUUUCUUCCUGGAAAAGUACAAGCGCCGUGUGUGUAAUGCUGACCAGUGGGAGUUCAUCAACGGAUGGUAUAUCCUCGUGAUUAUCAGCGACCUCAUGACAAUAAUUGGAUCCAUAUUAAAAAUGGAAAUCAAAGCGAAGAACCUCACAAAUUAUGAUCUGUGCAGCAUUUUGCUUGGAACGUCUACACUAUUUGUCUGGGUUGGCGUCAUCAGAUACCUGGGCUACUUCCAAGCUUAUAACGUACUUAUUUUAACGAUGCAGGCCUCCCUGCCAAAAGUUCUUCGCUUCUGCGCUUGUGCUGGUAUGAUUUAUCUGGGUUAUACUUUCUGUGGCUGGAUCGUCUUAGGACCAUAUCAUGCCAAGUUUGAAAAUCUGAACACAGUUGCUGAGUGUCUGUUUUCGCUGGUCAAUGGUGAUGACAUGUUUGCAACCUUUGCUCAAAUCCAGCAGAAGAGCAUCCUGGUGUGGUUGUUCAGCCGCCUCUAUUUAUAUUCCUUCAUCAGCCUCUUUAUAUACAUGAUUCUCAGCCUUUUUAUUGCACUGAUUACAGAUUCUUAUGACACCAUUAAGAAAUACCAACGUAACGGGUUUCCUGAAACAGACCUUCAGGAAUUCUUGAAGGAAGGCAGUGGCAAAGAGCAGAUUCAGAAGCAGCCCUCGACCUUCCUAUCCUGCAUCUGCUGUCUGAGGAGGGAAGGAAAUGAUGACCACUUGAUGCUCAUUAAUUAAACUGUGAGAAAGACCAUCGUUUCCAGUUCCUUAUCCAGCAGCAACACAGAUGGACCCCCAAACAACUGGGACAGGCACUUCCAAAAAGGCAGCCUUAUUUAAUUGCAAAGUGGGGAGGAGGACUGUCAGCUGUCUCACCACAACUGAACUUCAAAGUUCCCGUUUAUAAACUUGGAUAAUGAAGCACAGCCCACAGUGAACUACUGGGCAUUAGUGCAAUAGAAAUGAAAUGGAAACAACAAGAUUCUCUAUUGAUCUUUUAAUUUAUGUCAUGAUAAUGUUGAGGUGGCCAAGGAUCACAUUUCAGAGUGUCCAAAACAAUGGUGUUUAAAGUCAUGUGGUUAAAGAAGUGUGUUUAUCAUCAAAUCAGAGUUUGUUUUAAAAGAGAGUUUUGAGUU